CUCUGUGCAGCGGGCAGGGAUCUCUGUGGUAACAGGCCACGCCCUUAUCCGCGGUUUGGAUUUGCGCAGGCGCCAAAGGAAGUGAGUCGCCGGAAGCGGAAGUCCCGCCCUUCUUCCCUCAGAAAGCGGAGCAACGCAGAGGAAACGGGAGUGACCUGUGGUUACAGCAGCCACCAUGAGCCUCCUCAACAAGCCCAAGAGUGAGAUGACCCCAGAGGAGCUUCAGAAGCGGGAGGAGGAGGAAUUUAACACAGGUCCACUCUCUGUGCUGACCCAGUCAGUCAAGAACAACACCCAGGUGCUCAUCAACUGCCGCAACAACAAGAAACUCCUGGGCCGUGUGAAGGCCUUUGACAGGCACUGCAACAUGGUGCUAGAGAACGUGAAGGAGAUGUGGACCGAGGUCCCCAAGAGUGGCAAGGGCAAGAAGAAGUCCAAGCCAGUCAACAAGGACCGCUACAUCUCCAAGAUGUUCCUGCGUGGGGACUCUGUCAUUGUGGUGCUGCGGAACCCCCUCAUUGCCGGCAAGUAGGGGCCUCUGCCCCUUCCUCUGAAGACCUGUCCUUUGUGAUGGUAGUGAUAAUAAAGUGCUGAGUUUUUUUUUUU